UGAAUGUAAUUCCAAAUCACAUUAACCACGAUUAGCCGCUAGACACAAAAGUCUUUUAUAUAUUAAAAUCAUUUCUAAAGUAUUACACCUGCAUGUGUACGUCGCUUAUGAAAUACUCCUACCAGCUAAAGUUAGAACGAAUUUGAUCCCCUCCAAGCUACAAUCCUAUAUACGGAGUAGGAAAUCAUCCCGAAAUUAUCAGCCUCAAUGCAGAAAAUCCCCACGAAAUCACAAAAUCAAUACAGUAUUUCUAUAAUCGGAUUGACGAUCACAAAACUAAUCUGCGCCCGUGCGCUCCACUAGUCCAUUCUGCCGCACGUACAGCAUGCCUAUAAAUCCACGGCAAGGAUGAUAGGCUUGCUACCACAUCAUCUCUCCAAGCUGCCUUGCUCUUCUUAAUUCCUCCUACGAUCGAUCGAGAGAGCUAGUUGCGAGGAGCUUAGCUAGCAUGGCUUCUUGGUUAUCUUCCGUGUUGGUGGCGGCUCUAGCCUGCCUCCUCCUCCUGCUCCGCCCGUGUAGCAGUUGGUCCGACGCCGGCGCCACGUGGUACGGCCCCGCUAACGGCGCCGGCACCGACGGUGGUGCGUGCGGGUACCAGCGCGACGUGGAGCUGCCGCCGUUCUCCGCCAUGGUGACCGCCGGCGGCCCCUCCAUCUACCAGGACGGCAAGGGCUGCGGCGCAUGCUACCAGGUGAAAUGCAUGGACAACCCGGCUUGCUCCGGCAACCCGGUGACAGUCGUGGUGACAGACCAGUGCCCGGGCGGGCCGUGCGCCGCGGACCGCGUCCACUUCGACCUCAGCGGCAAGGCCUUCGGCGCCCUGGCCAAGCCCGGACUAGCCGGCAGCCUCCGCAACGUUGGCAACAUCAAAGUCCAAUUCAACCGGGUGGCGUGCAACUGGCACGGGGUGAACGUGGCCUUCAGGGUGGACGCCGGGUCGAACCCGAACUACCUGGCGGUGCUGGUGGAGGACGAGGCCGGCGACGGCAACCUGUCGGCGGUGGAGCUCCAGCAGCGCGGCGGCGCUGGCGGGUGGGCCCCGAUGCAGCGCUCCUGGGGCGCCACGUGGAAGUACAACGGCGCGGUGAAGGCGCCCGUGUCCAUCCGGCUCACGUCGAGCUCCGGCAAGAAGCUCGUCGCCGCCAACGUCAUCCCCGUCGGCUGGCAGCCCGGCCGCACCUACCGCUCUCUCGUUAACUACUGAUUAUAAGCUAGCUCUAGCUGAUUAACUAAAGCAGGACCCUGUGACUCCCCCGUACGUACAAGGGAAGCUCAUGAGAGUGUUUUUUAUCUUA